AUGCAUAGUGUUGACUGGAACGUCAAGGAAGGUGAACGAAUCGAGCCAGUCACCGUUUGUGCCAUUGUGCGAGGACCGAUGAGAAAACUCCUCCUCGGUGAACGAGUGGCUUUGAACAUUCUAGCUCGGUGCUCAGGAAUUGCAACAAAGACUGCAGCCCUUCUUACCAUCCUUCGUGGCCAGGGCUGGAAAGGUAUACUGGCAGGCACUCGCAAAACAACGCCAGGAUUCCGUAUCGUUGAGAAAUACGGAAUUCUCGUUGGCGGUGCUGAUCCUCACCGCCACGAUCUCAGCUCCAUGACUAUGUUAAAGGAUAACCACGUCUGGGCAUGCCAUAACAAGAGCCAGGCCAACACAGGUGCAAGUGAAACCCCCAGUGCAGAUGUAAGCACUAUUGCCAAAGCUAUACCCUCUGCAGUCCAAGCUGCUCGUGCAACUGCCGGCUUUUCUACCAAGGUUGAAGUAGAAUGUCGUAGCAUCGAAGAGGCAAAUGCUGCCAUCAGUGCAGGUGCUGAUGUUAUCAUGCUGGAUAAUUUUACUGCUGACGGGGUGCGGGCUGCGGCAAAGCAGCUGAAGGACGAGUGGUAUGCGAAGGGCAAACCACGCGGAACUUUCCUUGUGGAAGUCAGCGGUGGGUUGAACGAGACCAAUGCUGCAAAGUUCGUGUGCGAUGAUGUGGACAUUCUGUCUACAAGCAGCAUCCAUCAGGGUGUUGGAAUCAUUGACUUCUCGUUGAAGGUAUCGCUGAGAUAG